AUCCCGCCGGCCGCCCGCCCAAGCCCCCUGCCUCUCGUUCUCAAUCCGCCUGCCUCUCGUUCUCAACCCACCCGAGUCCGAGUCAGUCACCGAAUCUCAAUCCGCCUGCCUCUCGGUGCCGGCCUGGGUUCUCGGCCAACAAGAGGGGAAACCUUCUCCCUCCGCCCAGCCCCGACUGAUUGGUUUGUCAGAUCUCGCCCUAGUAAUUUCUCCUCCCCUCCCCGGCGGUGCCCGCUCGAGUUGUCGCCGAUUGCUCUUGCUCGCAGCCACCACGGACCAGAGAGGAUUCGUGACUGUGUCUGUAGAUAGAGGAGAACCAACCAUAUUGGGCUCUUUACUCCGUUCCUAACCGAUGAGUAUGAGAGGAGCCCUUCCAGAUUCGCCUCCUGGAUCCGAUUCCUCCCUAAGUGACGAGUUCUCCAAGGUUGCCCUGGGACCUUGUACAAGCCCCGGCUGGUCUGACCUCCCAAUUGACAUCAUCCUCACCAUCCUGCAACGCCUUGAGCUCCCUCAAGCACUUGCAUUUGCAUCAGUCUGCACAACAUGGAGGGCUGCCGCCACAGCUGCCGGUGUUCCAUGUUGCGGCCCAUUGAUCUUGUCCUGGGCCAAUCAUCUCAAGAAAACAAGUUUCCCACAGGACGAGUGCACAGCUCUGACCUGUAACUGGCGCCACCUCCUUAAUGUUGACAAGGCCUAUGAUGUCAGUUUCCCACAUGGCUGCUUCGUCGCAUGCUGUGGGGCCUCUCAUGGAUGGCUUGUUUUGGUAAACGAACUCUCCGGUCUUGUGCUUUACAAUCCCUUCACCACAAGCAUGAUCCCUCUGCCGCCAGUCACGGACUUCUCGUGCGUGGAGGUAGUCUACCGUAGUGGAGGGAGCUCGGAACAUUACCUUGCAGCAGGUAUAACAUGUCAUGCAAGUUCACUGGGAACAUGGUUCUAUCAGAAGGCAGUGCUGUCUGACAGUCCAUCCAAAGGUGGUGACUACACCGUGAUGAUCAUCCAUUGUGAUAGCAAUUGGCUCUCUUUUGUUAAGGCAGGACAGAGGAAGUGGCAAGUGGCUUCUACUAUAGAGUUAAGCAGCAGAGACAGAUAUGCAGACUGCGCAUACCAUGGUGGGAAGUUCUACACAAUUACAGUAUUUGGAUUGGUGGAGAAAUGGGAUGUUGACAAAUUGAAUGGGCCAACAAAGGAGGUAGUGGUUGCCGCAAGACACCAUUUAGGACCUAUCUUUACUAGGCAUUUGGUGCCUACACCAUGGGGCGAUCUCCUGGGGGUCUCAGCUAUUCUCGCAAGUGGCUACUCGGAUGGUAUUAGGUUCCAAAUUUGCAAGGUUGAUCCCAAUGGAUGCAAGAAGGUAUCAAGGAAGGAUUUGGUGGAUCAUGCUCUGUUCCUUGGACUGAAUCACUCGUCAUGUUUACCCAUCAAGAAUUUUCCUGGCCUAAUGGAUCAGUGUAUUUAUUUCUGUGCUCCUUGGAUGACGCAAACGUGUCAAUAUCUUAAUCGAUUGCGUUGUGGUUGGGGAGGCGUGAGGAUGUACGACUUGAAACGAAGAAAGUUUGGUCAUGCUCUUCCCUUUUGUUGUGAUAGUAAGGGGGGGAUCAACCUUCAUCCUACGGAGGUGUGGAUCACUCCAAAUUUGUAAUUACGAAAAACUGCAAGACACUGAGAGGCUCGCCAGUUGCCUUUAAGCUUUUACUGAUUACUAGUAAAGUGCACAUGCGGCACGCACGUGUGGAUUUUACUUUAGUAGCGCGCUCGUGUCCGCCGUGCAACGAGGUUGGUUGCGUGCGGGACAACCUGAAUGACUGAAAUCUAUUACUAUAGUAAUAAUUUUUUUU